AUGGACGGACCGUUUGAGAAGAUGGACGGAGGCCAGCGACCUGCUCAACGACCUGCAGGUUCGGCUCAACAACGUUCUGGACCUCAGCAGCACGUUUGGGAACAGCUUCCAGAGCCGCAUCACCGACUGCAUGCGGCAGAUGGCGUCGCUGCUGUACCAGAUCAAAGGACCGCUCAAAACACCAAGAACCAGGUGGAGGGCGACUCGGACAACAUGCUGCGGCCGCUCAUGGACUUCCUGGAUGCUCAAUUAACGCUGUUCGCCACGGUGUGUGAGAAAACCGUCCUGAAGCGCGUUCUGAAGGAGCUGUGGAGGAUCGUGAUGACCAGCCUGGAGAAGAAAUCGUCCUGCCGCAAG